AUGUCUUCCGCGUACUCCAGCCUGCAAAGCAGCUCCGCCAGGCUCAACUCGCAGGAGGCGCCUGCUCGGAACCGCGGCAGCUCCAAUACAGCACCUGCCAAGUCGGACGUCACCCAUUAUCUCUAUUUCGAAGACAAUGACAGUUUUUUCCCGCCACCCUGGCUUGGAAAAGAGAAAGCAUCCGCUGAACGAAGAUCGUCAAGCGACAGCACUACUAGCCAUGGAUCCAAAGAUUAA